UACAGGAACAGCUGUACUGUGCGCUUCCUGGAUGCACGCAGGGGGGCUAUCCUUGAUUGAACGCUACGCCAAACUGCGACUCAUCCAAAAUGGCUGGCCAGGAAGAUCCAGUGCAGAGAGAGAUUCACCAAGACUGGGCGAAUCGAGAGUAUAUAGAAGUGAUUACGAGCAGCAUCAAAAAAAUCGCCGACUUUCUAAACUCAUUUGAUAUGUCAUGUCGAUCCCGCUUGGCUACCCUCAAUGAGAAGCUGACAGCUUUGGAAAGGAGGAUUGAAUACAUUGAGGCCAGAGUGACAAAAGGAGAAACCUUGACUUAAACGUCAUCAUGGAAAUCAGAAGUGUCCCAGAGCAACCUUCCCAUCCCCUGUCCUGAAUUUUUGAAAAUUGUGUGAUGGACUCCACCUUCCUUUUUUGGGACCAUGUGGACCAUUUUUAUAUUACAUUGCGGAGUUUAUGUUGUUUUCUCUCAUUAUGCAUUUGUAAGGAGUAUGUUGGUCAGUCCUGGGUGUCGUGACUCAAGAAUAAUUAAUGUUACAAAAGAAAAAUAAUCCUUAAAUAUUUGUUUUAAAACAUAUGCUAGAGAUCAAUAAUGAAACUGAUAUCAGCACAACCCAUUGACUAUCUGUGUUGUAUACAGUGUCAUUGCCACAUCAGAUUUAUGAAAGGAGAACAUUCUCGUGUGCCAAGUUGAACAAGUUAUUGUGUAGUCAUCUUUGUUAAGCACCUGCUUGUACAGUGAACUGUUGGGUGAUGUUUCAGGAUUUAAAUACUGUAAUAAAUGAAUAACACUGA